UAAGAGGCGGGGAUGAAUCUGUUGAGGAAUGGAUUGCCGAAAUGAAGUCAGCUUUUCGAGUGAUGAAAACACCCCAUGACGAUAGAGUUGAGCUGGUUAAGCAACACCUGAAGGGUGAAGCGAAGGCACAGGAGUUAAAGGGACUGACAGGUGUGGGCAGGGACCUGCAUUACUGUUAGUCGACCAGAGCAAGCUUAAUAUUUGUACCCCUAUUAGUUAGGAUUUCAAUCCUUUACAUUUGGCAUAUUGGCAAAAUGCAUGCAUUUUGAAAAUAUUUAUUUAUGUAUUUAUAAAAUUAUUACUUUUCUUUUUAUUAUUUUACAUAUUUAACGCUUUAAAAUGUGCUAAUCUAAAAGUUAUUGAAAUUUAGUCAACUUCUUUAUUGGUAUAUUUCACCUUAAUAGUUAUUUCACAGUUAUUGCUUUUUGUUGUUUACUACAGUUUAAUAUUUAAUCUUAAUGAUUUUACAGUCUCUUCGAUUUUCAAUUUUUGCUUCUUUGUUUAAUUAAGAAAUGUCUUUGUACAUUACUAUAGUUUAAGAAUACAUUAAGACAGUCUGUUUAGCUUUAAAUACAUUUUUAGUCAAAUCUAAACUGUAAUUUUUUUUCCAAUAAACUUUAUUGCACAAGUUUCUAUCUUAUAGAGAUUCACAUUCAGUUAUGCAAUAAGAGAACAAUUGCAACUAUCAUAAUAUAUAUUUUUGUCACUUCACAUUUCCUGAUACAAAACUGGUUUUAAGAAUAUCUGAAACAUUUUGAACCAUACUGAGAUCCAGUUUACACGUUUCUUUUUAAAUAAAGUUUCUGCACGUGACCCGGAAGUAGCAGGCUAGCAGCGUUAGCUUGUGUUCAGAAGACGGUGUUGUUUUGGCAGGACAUUUGUGAGGCUUAUAAAGCGAUACAUGGUUCAAUUCAGAACAAUUAUCUUUGUUGGAAAGACAACGUGGAUUGCUGUGAUUGAGAGACUAGCAGAUGAUCGGAGCUGCAGUGAAGAGAACGGCGGUGUUUGUGGGAGUUGGAGCUGAAGAUUCGGAGCAGCUGCAGCAACCAUGCCUUCCCUCCAGCCUCUGAGAGAGUUGAUCAGCGAGCGACUAGCUGCUGCUGCUGAAGAAAUCUUCCGACUCUGUGAAGGAACCAUCGUCCAGUACGAGGAGGAGCUCUGUCGUCAGCGCAGACUGCUGGAUGUCGCCUGGAAACCACAGCUGCAGGUCCAAGCUAUAGUCCUCCCCCAAUAUUAUGUGACUGAAGAGGAGGAUCAGCGCAACAAGCAGAGGAACUUCAGAGCGGAACAGGAGGAACCAGAACCUCCAAAGAUUAAAGAGCAACAGGAUGAAACAGAACCUUUGGAGAUUAAAGAGGAACAAGAAGAACUCUGCAUCAGUCAGGAUGAAGAUCAGCUUGAUCUGAAGCAGGAGACUGAUACAUGGAUGGGAUUUCCUACUUAUGAGGAAAAUGAGAACAGUGAAGCAGAACAGCAGAGCUUUAAUGUAACUGAUAAUCAGGAUGAAGAACCGUCAUCAACAGAUGAAGAGACAGACCCACAGAACAGAAAAAAGCAGAGGAAGAGAAGAAACAGAAGUCAUGUCCAAAGUGUGGGCAGCUCUCGCAUGUCAGAAAGUCAGUGGGACUCUGGUAAAAGCUCAAGAAUUGCUCAUAAUCUGCACACGAGAACUGAGGCUAAUAAAAGACCGUAUAUCUGUAAAGUAUGUGGUAAAAGUGUCAGGUGCUGGUCUCAGCUCAGAUAUCACAUGAGAACACACACAGGCGAAAAGCCUUUUUCUUGUAAUGAAUGCGAUAAAAGUUUUAGUCAAGUAUCUCAUCUGAAAACACACAUCCGGACUCACACAGGCGAAAAGCCUUUUUCCUGUAAAGAAUGCGAUUCAAGUUUUAGUCAAAUAUCUAGUCUGAAAAGACACAUGAGAACUCACACAGGAGAAAAGCCCUUUUCCUGUGAGGAAUGUAAUAGAAGUUUUAGUGAAAAAUAUGAUCUCAAAAAACACAUGAGAACUCACACAGGAGAGAAGCCUUUUUCUUGCGAAUGUGGUAAACGUUUUAGUAAAAAUUCCACUCUAAAGAGACACGUCAGGACUCACACAGGAGAAAAACCUUUUCCUUGUCAAGUAUGUCAUAAGUGUUUUAUACAAAAAUCGAAUCUCAUAACUCACAUGAAAACUCACAUAAGAGAGAAGCCUUUCUCUUGCCAUACAUUUCAUAAAGAGUAGAUCUCAAUAAUCUCAGAAAACACUGGAAAACUCAUCACAGAGGACACGUGCAGUAAAAGACAAUAAGGGUUUAUGUAGAAAAGGUGACAUUUUAGUGUUUUUUAAAGUUUUUCUACCAUCCCAGAUUGCCAAAGGUAACCACAUCUGUUUCAGUGACCAUGUUUGAUCAACCCCCAAAGUCUCCUGAUCUGAACCCGAUGGAAAAAUCUAUGAACUGUUAUAAAGAGGAAGCUGAGACACCAGACCCAACAAUGAAGAUGGCCUGAAGUCAGCUAUCGAAGCAGCCUGAGCUGUGUACAUACACAGAACCGCAGGCUGAUGCCAUCCAUAGCACAGUGUAUUGGUGCAGUAAUUCAAUUAGUAGCUCCAAGUGAAUAUUGCAACAUCCUUACUUUAAACGUUGCAAUAUAUUUUAGUUUUUUAAAGACACAAGUUUUUAGGUUUUCGUCAUCUAUAAUCCACAAUCAUCAAUAUCCGAGGAAUAAAAGAUUUAAAACACUUUCAUAUAUGUAUAAUGAUUCUAUAUUAUAAAUUUCCCUUUUAUAAAUGACCGACAUAAAUAUUACACUUGUAAUUAAAUUACUUUAUAUGUACUUGAAUUGUAACUAUUAGAUCAUCUGACUUUUCCCAGUGUAAAGAUACAAUUAGUUUCUGUCUUGGCAUUUUUCAUUUAUGAAAUUGGAUUUGAGGAAAAAUUCAAAAGAAAUGUUCAAUUUUUGAUGGUUUAUUAGUAGAAUUUUGUAAUAUUAUUAUGCAGCUGUUUAGUCAACCAGUAUGGUUGAAGUUUAUGAGCAUAUUGUCUAAGUCUGUGCGUUACCAUGACAACACUGGAAAUGCACUUUAUGCAUCUUUACUUCUAAAAAUGAAUUUUUCAUUUAAUAUUAUCGGUGUACAUUUUAUUUACCUCAAGUGUAUGUACACUUGUAUAUUUUUUGUUCUAUAUAAAAAGUAGUGACUGCACUCUAGAUUUUGAUGAGUUGGGAUCAAAUUUCUGUUGUGAGAAAAGCAAUUUUCUAAAAAUGUACGUGUUUUUGGUGUUUUUAACAUGUUCUUGUAGCAUUUUUCUCAUGAUUGAUGACGUAUAUAAAAAACUUUCUGAUUAAAA